GUAAAUAUUAAGUGCGUUGCUCGGCUUACUGUACAGCACUGCAUGUACCGUCCAAUGCAACACACAUGAAAUCGAUCAGCCGUAGCAGCAGCAGCCAAAAGACACCCGCGGUGAACCGACACAAUUUCAUGCAGAAAGGGGAACCACGGAACCACUCGGCUACUUUUUCUUCUUGCCCUUCUUGCCCUUCUUCAGGCUCUUCUUGGCCUUGAUAUACGCCUCCCUCUCCUUGAUGCCUGCAUGAAUGGAACAUGGGCACACACACACCGGCACAAUCUCGUGGGGGCGAUCCGCAUGCAUGUCUCCUUGCUGCUUCUCACCUCUGAAGUACGCCUGGAUGAGUGACGCCGCGUCGUGCUUUUGCUGACUCUGUGCUCCCAGCAUCUGCAGCGGGAGAAGGGGAAAGUUACACAGACAGACAGACAUGCCUGGCAGGUCUAUAUGUACUCCUCACCGUGUCUCGCGCCUUUGCGAUUUCCUCCUCCUGCCUUAUCCUCUCAUUCUCAGCAUCCACCUGCAUCGCCCAACAGUUGUGCAGCGGACCUGGAGGUGUGCAUCCAUUCAUACCUUCCUGAAGUGGUCUCUCAGCUCUUUCAGUCUCUUCCUCUCCUCUGUGAGCGACUCGUGUGUGUUGUCGAGCGUGGUCGUCUUGUCGGUCAUGUCUCUGUCGUAGUCGGCGAUGAGCCGCUCCACAUCCUUCUCGGCGAUUUUCUUCCGCUUCCGCAGUCCUUCCUCCUCCUCUUUAGACGUCUUCUUCAAAUUCUGACAAGAAUAUUUAUCAGCGAGCCACAUGGCAUCAUGUAUAGGCGCGCUCUAUGGAUGACUGACCCACCAGGUUGGCUUGUUUGAGCUCCGCAAUGGCCUUCUGCAGCUCCUCUUCCUACAUCGAUCGCAUCAAGGAGCGAAUGGGUCUGCCAGUCGGCUUAGGGAAAGCCCAUAGGCCGUUGAAAUUACCUUUCUUUUGUAGUUUUCCCUGUGUUCGGCUUCCCGUGUGUCGAACCUCUCCUGGUGCUGCCUCAGCUUGAGCUUGGUGGUGUCCUGCACAUCCUGCAGGUCAGCCUUCAACUUCAAUAUGAUCUGCACACAACAUGCCAAGCGAGAGGCCUUGCGUCCGCCAAUGUCUCGCGGCAGGCACGGGGCCAUCGCUUUACCUCACUUCUGCUGGAUGCAGCCUUUUCCCUCUCCCGUCUGAUAUGCGCCAGCUCCUUCUCCAGCUGCGCCUUCCGCCGCGACGCCGCCUCUUCCUACACGGAGAGGGACACAAGCAAUGGACGGCAGUGCAUGCCAAUGGACGGCAGUACAUGUCAGCUGAUCUGAUCCCCCACUGUGCCCCCUGUGAUGCCUCGCUUACCCUUUGAAUGUAGUGCUCCAGGAGUUCCUGUUUCGAUCGCUCCUCUUCCACUGUGGUGGUCAGACGCUUCAGCAUCACCUCCUGCAGUUAACGCCACGACAGAACACAACACAACAAAGGCGCCCCAUUUGACGGUUGCUGUGCGGCCGAUGCAUUCCAUUCAUGGGUCACCUGCAUUUCUGCAAUAGUGUAGAUGAGCUUCAUGGCGUUGAUGGGCCGCUGCUCCUGGAAAUUCUGCACAACCAACAACAAGCAGCAGCGGCUGUGAGGGCAUCGAUGUCGAUGUGUGCUCUCUUUCUCUCCUUUGGCUCACUCUGUUGGCUCACUCUGAGUUCCUGGACGACAUUGGGUAUGUCCCUCAUCCUCCUGCACAGGUCCCUCGUGUUUCUCUGCAGCUUCUCCAUUGUCUCACGCACAUCCUCAUUGUCAAGGGCCAGCUGAAACACACCUGCCGAGCCAGACACACACGCACACACACACACACACACACAGAGCAGCAGCAGCAUUCUGCGCAGGUAUAUGUGGAUGUGUGUAAGAACGCACCUUCGGAUGUAGUGUUGGCGGCCUGGUACAGCUCCUCUAGUCGAAUCUGCUCAGCGAAUCGCUUCAUGAUUUCAGGACCGAGCAUCUGCACUGCAGACUCGCCUUCCUCCGACUGCAGGCCCUCGAGCACCUGGGGCGUGAUGACCGACAGGUACGUCAGCUUCUCCUUGGUCUCAUCCAUGAUCCUGAGCAGGGAGCACCCAAAGAGCCAAUCCAUCCAUUGGACGGGAGAUGAGAAGAGAAGUGAAUGGAUGGAUUCCAGGUAUGGGAUACUUACGCCAAGACGCGCUGCGCGUCCAAGUUAGUGGGCUUGGGAGGCAUCGCUGCGACUUGUGCGUCCAAGACGUCUACUUUUGGC